GCUUAAAGGGCACGAGAGUUCAUCAGUCUCUCUACUCAGAGAAAACUUUGGACAUUUCCAGAGUUUUGAGGAGGAUUUCUAGAACUAACGGAGAUUAGGCCACCGUAAAAAGACUUCGCCUGAAAACUAAGAACUCGCCACAGCAUAAUUUCAGUGUUACUCAUAGAUAUUAAAAAUGUACCUAAAGAUUUACCGGAUGAGAAGUUUUUGCACCCUACUUACCGUAACUGUUUCGAAGAUGACGUUUUGUCCAGAAGUUCGAUAUGUAUCAAGGAGUUUCAGCUCUCGAAAGCCAGUUGGUGUGUGUGAGUGAAAGAGAUGGUGCGGUCCGGAGCUGAUAGCUGACGUAGCUGUAGUAGGAUGAGAUGAGAGAGGAUGGAACACUCGGACAGCCCCGCCACCCACAGCAGCGACCCCAACGGGUUCGUCAAUAAAGUAUUCAACGUGUCUCUAGAUGUGCAGAAUGAGACCGGCACCGUAUCUAUCCAGGAGACUGGGAAGGGAGCGGGACAGGGUCCAGGCCAAGCCCAGGGACAGUGGCAGGGGGCUGGGGAUAUACAGGCAGAGACCCAGGCACCCCCUCAGACCCCUGGGAAGGAGGAGCACUCGGAUGUCAACCGUAGACCAAGAGCUACAGGGGGCAUCUGGAAGAUCUUGACUCGGCGUAAAGCGGCCUCAGAGCUGGAUAACAGAAGACCUCACUCCAUGAUCCUCCCUGGAGAGGCGGCCUCUAUCCCUAAACUGUCCUUCGCUGACAAGGUCCGCUCCAUCAAGAAGCUCCGCUCUCCAGGUGUCUUCAAGGGGAGGAUGGGGAAGAUGUCUUGGUCCAGCGCUAAGUUCAGAGACGGAGAGACGGAGGGCAACUCGUUCUGCCAGGACUUCCUUCCCUCGCACGCCCUGCACCCCGUUAGGAGCACACUCCGCCACCGCGCGAAGAGGCACUCGUAUGCCGGACACACCGCCGAGUUCGACUGCUCAUUUGAGGACAUAGAUCUGACAGCUACGCUGGACAGACACCAUCUUCCCUCGCUAGUGGAGCCUGUUACCCAGAACAGCUCUGAGCCCACAGAGAGAGCCUCCUACACCAAGAGAUGUCAGGUCCAGGCUCAGGCGCAGGCCAACCACUCCUCUAACUGUAACAGUACCUCAGCAGGAGUGUGUGAGGAGCAGAGUGUGAGGGGCAGCCCCAAGGCCCCGCUGGGUGGGAGGAGGUCUAAGGGAGCUGACGUGUGGAGUUACCUGAGAAGGAUCUCUGUCCUGGGGAAGGGGAACCCGGCCUACUCAGAGAGGAGUUUUGACUCAGAGCUCCACACACUGGACAAGACCAUGGACUCUGACUACGGCUCGGUGGACUUCGAGAGCAUCAGGGACUUUCACCCAGCGGCUCCAAAACACUCUGACAGCAAAGGUGGACAUUUUGGGGGUCUGAUUAAGUUCUUCAGCAACGUUGCGGGGACGGCUAGAAAAUGGCGGAUGUCUUCUCACUCCUUCUCUCCUCCAGAGGGGAGAGGGAAGCGGUCGCCACUGGGCCACCCCAGAGCAGGGCAGCGUCUGGGGGACUACGUCCACAGUGUUUCCCAGACCCUCCGCAGUGAGGACCACCCAGAGUGUCCCCUGACACCCGGCUCACCCCUGACCCCUCACCCCCCUCGCUCCCCUGCCUGUGACCCUGCCUCACCCCCUCCUCUGAUAGGCAGACGGUCUCCUCAGGUGGUGCUGAAGGCCUGGAGGGUGUGUCCGGACUCACCGAGCGUUAACGGCCUGGUGUGUGUGAGCUCAUUGGAGAUGGCCAGACAGACAGUCAGACAGACAGAGAGACAGACACGGCACACGUCUGUAGCCACAGUAGAGAAACACGUGCCACACUCAAGGCUGGAGAGAGAGACUCAGAAAGAGACAGAAGUACACAGAGACCCCUUAGAAUGUCUGUCUACAGUGGAAGAGAGAGAAAGAGAGGGAGGAGAGAGAGGAGAGAGAGGAGAGGGAGGAGAGAGAGGAGAGGGACACUCAGGAAAUUAUCUGGAUUCCAAGGAUGCUCUACCUGUCUCAGAUCAGACACACCUUCCAAACGGCCAAUCAGAGUUACGGGAAGGAGAGACCGUAGCCACUAGGGAGCCAGCAGGAAACUGCCACCAGGAAGUAUUUAAGGGAGCUCUAUCAGGCAGUGUUUUGAGGAGACCCAGGUCAGUCCAGUCCUGUUCUAGUCCAGUGAAGACCCCUGCCCCUCCCAAGCCCCCAUACCCUCGCCCCCGUCCUGCCUCAGCCCUGGUCGACCUCCAAGUCUGCAGUCCCUUCCCAGAGGGCUGUAUGUUUGCCGUUACUCAGCAGGCCGAGGGGGGCUCUCUGUGCCGGCACAGACGCAGGCCCGGUCCCAUGAUGCACCUCUCGCCGGGUCGAAGACGGGCGGGCGGUCUGGCCAGGCCAUGCUCUGUCAUAGAGCCCUCAGUUACCGUGGAGACAGACCCCGCGCUGAGUCACAGAGCCCUGUCUCGUCCCCCGGGGGUGUCACCUUUAGAGCCCCCCCUCAGAGUGUCUCUUCAGAGGUGUCACUCCCUCCCUCUCCCCCCCAGCACCAUCACCACUCUGACCCUGUUCCCGGGACACACAGCAGACACCCUGUCAUCCUCAGUGUGUCUUGGUGAUGGAGAGACUGGCAGCUGCAGGAGGAGACUGCUCAGAACAGGCUCUGGUUCUGGUCCACUACAAGUCAACAUCUUGAUAAGCGGAGGAUCUAUCGUCAGUGCUGAGGCAGUAUGGGACCAUGUGACCAUGGCCGACCGAGAGUUGGCGUUUAAGGCCGGUGAUGUCAUCAAGGUGCUGGACGCGUCCAAUAAGGACUGGUGGUGGGGUCAGAUCGAUGAGGAGGAGGGGUGGUUCCCCGCCAGCUUCGUACGGGUCGAACCCCACCCUCCUCAACCCCAAACAAAACAGGUUUUCUAUAUCAACCCCAUAGCAACUCCUCGGUUCCAAAACACUACGUCUAAGGAGUGUGUGUGUUGGUCUCCUCAGCUGUGGGUGAACCAGGAGGAUGGAGGGGUGGAGCCUGCAGAGGGGACCAGUGAAGUGGCUAACGGUCACCUGGAUCCGACCAAUGACUGCCUGUGUCUGGGCUCGCCGAUUCAGAACCGUGACCAGAUGAGAGCCAACGUCAUCAACGAGAUCAUGAGCACAGAGAGACACUACAUCAAACACCUCAAGGACAUCUGUGAGGGCUACCUGCGUCAGUGUAGGAAGAGGGUAGACAUGUUUAACGAUGACCAGCUGAGGGUGAUCUUUGGGAACAUCGAGGACAUCUACCGUUUCCAGAUGGGCUUCGUUAGAGACCUGGAAAAACAAUACAACAAUGAGGAACCCCACCUGUCUGAGAUAGGACCCUGCUUUCUAGAACAUCAAGACGGUUUCUGGAUCUACUCUGAGUAUUGUAACAACCACCUGGAUGCGUGUAUGGAGCUGUCCAAGCUGAUGAGAGACGGGAGGUAUCAGCACUUCUUUGAGGCCUGUCGCCUGCUGCAGCAGAUGAUCGACAUCGCUAUCGAUGGCUUCCUCCUCACACCUGUACAGAAGAUCUGCAAAUACCCCCUGCAGCUGGCCGAGCUGCUCAAAUACACCGCACAGGAACACAGUGACUAUCGCUACGUGGCGGCGGCGCUGGCGGUGAUGCGUAACGUCACUCAGCAGAUCAACGAGAGGAAGAGGAGGCUGGAGAACAUUGACAAGAUCGCCCAAUGGCAGGCCUCCGUCCUGGACUGGGAGGGUGAUGACAUCCUAGACCGGAGCUCAGAGUUGAUCUAUACAGGAGAAAUGUCUUGGAUCUACCAGCCCUAUGGACGCAGUCAGCAACGAGUCUUCUUCCUCUUUGAUCACCAGCUGGUCCUCUGUAAGAAGGAUCUGAUUCGUAGGGACAUCCUGUACUAUAAGGGCCGUAUAGACAUGGACCGCUAUGAAGUGCGGGACGCCAUCGACGGUCGCGACGAUGACUUCAACGUGAGCGUGAAGAACGCUUUCAAAUUGCACAACAAAGACAGCGAGGAGCUCCACAUCUUCCUGUCUAAGAAACUGGAGGAGAAGAUACGAUGGCUCCGGGCUUUCCACGAGGAGAGGAAGAUGGUGCAGGAGGAUGAGAAAAUCGGGUUUGAGAUCUCAGAGUACCAGAAGCAUCAGGCAGCCCUGACUGUGAGGAAGGUAGCUAAACAGAAAGGUGUGAACAGGUGCGUGCCUCCUCCUAGCCCCCUCCCCAGGACCCCCUACCUCUGGGACAGUAUGACCUAACAGAGGACUUGGCACAUGCAGAGGUUUUUGAAUUCAGUCAAUCCAAACGAGGCCAGGCUUCUUUCUGGCACAACAAUUUUACUAGAUUAACACCU